AGACCGCGGUCACACGGACAACAUCGCAUUUCACGUUGCUUUCAGCGCGUGUUUUUUUUUAUUUGUGCAAAAACUUUUUUGCUAUAAUUUGUGCGUUUUAAUAUAAGCCAACAAGAUGUCGAAGCGCCGCAUUGAAGUAGGAGAAACAUACACAACCAAAAGAAGUAAAUAUCCAGAAACGGAAGCUUCAACAUCAGCCGCAGCGGCUUCCGCGGCCGGCACCGUUGCUCAAAUACUUGGCGGAUUUGUGCCCAGCAAACAGCCGCCAACCAUGAAUCCCUUCACAAAUAAGCCUUAUUCGACUCGCUAUCAGAAUUUGUACAAAAAGCGCAUCUCGUUGCCGGUAUUUGAGUAUCAAGCAGACUUUAUGCGUCUACUCAGUCAACAUCAGUGCAUUGUACUGGUUGGUGAAACGGGUUCAGGCAAAACAACACAGAUACCACAAUGGUGUGUGGACUUUGCGGUCUCCAAAGGACGUAAAGGCGUUUCAUGCACACAGCCACGUCGUGUGGCCGCCAUGUCGGUGGCGCAACGUGUCUCCGAGGAAAUGGACGUGAUACUCGGCGAAGAGGUUGGCUACUCUAUUCGUUUCGAGGACUGUUCCUCACCCAAGACAUUGCUAAAGUACAUGACCGAUGGUAUGUUGUUGCGCGAGGCAAUGUCUGAUCCCAUGCUGGAACAGUAUCAGGUUAUAUUGCUGGAUGAGGCCCACGAACGUACGCUAGCCACCGACAUAUUGAUGGGUGUGCUCAAAGAGGUGAUCCGGCAACGCAACGAUCUUAAACUGGUGGUCAUGUCCGCCACGCUCGAUGCCGGCAAGUUCCAACAGUACUUUGAUAAUGCGCCUCUUAUGAAUGUGCCGGGUCGCACGCAUCCCGUCGAGAUCUUCUAUACACCUGAACCGGAGCGUGAUUAUCUGGAGGCGGCCAUACGCACAGUUAUCCAGAUUCACAUGUGUGAGGAAAUCGAGGGUGACAUACUUAUGUUCCUCACGGGUCAAGAGGAAAUCGAGGAGGCUUGCAAGCGCAUCAAGCGUGAAAUUGAUAAUUUGGGCUCGGAGAUUGGCGAACUCAAGUGCAUUCCCUUGUACUCCACGUUGCCACCAAAUCUACAGCAGCGCAUUUUUGAAGCGGCACCUCCUCCAAAUGCCAAUGGCGCCAUUGGCCGCAAGGUUGUCGUGUCCACCAACAUUGCUGAGACCUCUCUGACCAUUGACGGUGUGGUGUUCGUGAUUGAUCCCGGCUUUGCCAAGCAGAAAGUGUACAAUCCACGUAUUCGUGUCGAGAGUUUGCUUGUUUCACCCAUAUCCAAGGCAUCGGCUCAACAGCGUGCCGGUCGUGCCGGACGUACUCGGCCCGGUAAAUGUUUCCGCCUAUAUACCGAGAAGGCAUUUAAGAAUGAAAUGCAAGACAACACAUACCCCGAAAUUCUGCGCUCCAAUUUGGGCACCGUGGUGUUGCAACUGAAGAAACUGGGCAUUGAUGAUCUGGUGCAUUUCGAUUUCAUGGAUCCACCGGCACCCGAGACACUUAUGCGUGCUCUGGAGCUGCUGAACUAUUUGGCUGCUCUCGAUGACGAUGGCAAUCUGACGGAUCUUGGUGCUGUAAUGUCUGAAUUCCCAUUGGAUCCACAAUUGGCCAAGAUGUUGAUAGCCAGUUGCCAGCACAACUGCUCCAACGAGAUACUAUCUAUUACGGCUAUGCUGUCGGUGCCACAAUGUUUCGUGCGUCCCAAUGAGGCAAAGAAGGUUGCGGAUGAGGCCAAGAUGCGCUUUGCCCACAUCGACGGGGAUCAUCUCACAUUGCUGAAUGUCUAUCAUGCCUUCAAGCAGAGCAGCGAGGAUCCUAACUGGUGCUACGACAAUUUCAUUAACUUUCGCUCGUUGAAGAGCGCUGAUAAUGUGCGACAACAGUUGGCCCGAAUUAUGGAUCGCUUCCAAUUGAAGCGUUCCAGCACAGAGUUCACAUCCAAGGACUAUUAUGUGAACAUACGCAAGGCUCUAGUGCAGGGCUUCUUCAUGCAGGUGGCGCAUCUGGAGCGCACUGGUCAUUAUUUGACCAUCAAGGAUAAUCAGGUUGUGCAGCUGCAUCCAUCCACAUGUCUGGACCACAAGCCCGACUGGGUCAUCUACAAUGAGUUCGUGCUGACCACCAAGAACUACAUACGCACUGUCACCGAUGUUAAGCCGGAGUGGCUGCUUAGCUUGGCGCCUCAAUACUACGAUCUGAACAACUUUCCACAAUGCGAGGCCAAGCGACAGUUGGAGUUGCUGCAACAGCGCAUGGAGACAAAGCAGUACCAGAAGGGUUUCUGAGUACCCAAAUGCGAGUUUUUAAUACAAAUACACGUAGUUUAAACAUAAUUCAAAUGAGAAAAACUAAUUAUAAUGAUAAAGUCCGUUAAAGAAGUCUUGGAAAUUAGUUGGCUUAAAUGUUACAUUUUGAAUUUUGUUUUCCAAAAAUCACAAACUAAAAAAAAAAAACAAAUGUUCUCUCUUUAUUAUUUUAUGCUUUC